CUUUGGACUCUCAAAAAGUGACAAGUCCAAACCCCCCACCCCAUAUAUACCCUCAUCACCCGAGGAAGCACUUCUUUAAUCAGCUGGAAAGGGCUAGUUUAAAAGAACCCCAAGUCAAGGGAGCUGAAGCAGAUCUGGAACUCCAAGCUUCCCCCUCACCUCCCUGCCCCUCACCAGCCGCCUCUGGUCAAGUGACCAGGCUGUCAACUAGCUUCUCCAGGAUAAGGUUUCAGGUCAGCCAGAGUGUAUAAAGACAGGUGCCAAGCCAGAGGCUGCAGGGACGACAGCAAAUGACAGAGGGGUGAUCAGGUCCCUGCUGCCACCUCCUGGGAUGGAGCCCUGAGGAGCCUUAAAGAGACCCUAUGCUUCCCCCACUUUGGCUGGACUCACAGCCUCCUCCAUGCACUGAAGCCCAGGGCUGUGCAGCAGCCUCUCUCCUUGGACCUCCGCUGGGCCCUGGAGGGACCGGGCAGAGCCCCUGGGACCAUGGUUGGACUGAAGCCUUCAGAGGUGCCUCCCACAACGGCUGUGAAGUUCCUGGGGGCGGGCACAGCGGCCUGCUUUGCUGACCUCCUCACCUUUCCACUGGACACGGCCAAGGUCCGCCUGCAGAUCCAGGGGGAGAACCAGGCGGCCCGGAGCGCGCAGUACCGCGGGGUGCUGGGCACCAUCCUGACCAUGGUGCGCACCGAGGGCCCCCGCAGCCCCUACAAAGGGCUGGUCGCCGGCCUGCAGCGCCAGAUGAGCUUCGCCUCCGUCCGCAUCGGCCUCUAUGACUCCGUCAAGCAGUUCUACACCCCCAAGGGAUCGGACCACUGCAGCAUCACUACCCGGAUUUUGGCGGGCUGCACCACCGGGGCCAUGGCAGUGACCUGUGCCCAGCCCACAGAUGUGGUGAAGAUCCGAUUUCAGGCCAGCGUGCACACUGGGCCCGGGAGCAAUAGGAAGUACAGCGGGACAAUGGAUGCCUACAGGACCAUCGCCAGGGAGGAAGGGGUUCGGGGCCUGUGGAAAGGAACUCUGCCCAACAUCACGAGGAAUGCCAUCAUCAACUGUGCUGAGAUGGUGACCUACGACAUCAUCAAGGAGAAGCUGCUAAACUACCACCUGCUCACCGACAACUUCCCCUGCCACUUCGUCUCUGCCUUUGGAGCUGGCUUCUGUGCCACAGUGGUGGCCUCCCCAGUGGACGUGGUGAAGACCCGGUAUAUGAACUCACCCUCAGGCCAGUACCGCAGCCCCUUCGACUGUAUGCUGAAGAUGGUGACCCAGGAGGGCCCCACAGCCUUCUAUAAGGGAUUUACACCCUCAUUUUUGCGUUUGGGAGCCUGGAAUGUGGUGAUGUUCGUCACCUACGAGCAACUGAAACGGGCCUUGAUGAAAGUCCAGAUGCUACGGGAAUCUCCAUUUUGACUAAGACGAGGCCACUUGGUACUUAACUAGGACAAAACCAGUUAAGGAUGGAAUAAAGCAGCGGGUCCACACACACAAGGACGUAGACCCACACAUGUUUACAGAACUGUUUACUUGCUGCUGACUCAAGAAACAAGAGGAGGAAGGACUGUGGUCUUCAGUGCUUUGUCUUAAGAACACCUUUGUUUUGCACUGACAACGAUGGAAAAUAAAUUACAUUAAUUUGUGAAACCCA